UGCAAGCCUCCCUCUGUCUUGAGUGAACCCAAAGCUUACAAGCUCACUUCAGAUAACGAAGUGAAUCGUUUUCAUCGUUUUGUUCAAAGUCAGCAAGAAAUUACAUAUCGGCAAAUAACAUCAAGAAGUGUGGGUCAUCGAUGGCUUUUCCCUCUGAGGCUGAAGGCAUCGUUUGGUGCAGUAUUUUUACAUUUGCAUCCGCCUUGAUUGUCAUUGGAAAUCUAUUGACUAUUAUCCUCUUUGCAGUAAACAAAAGACUUCGUAAGAAAAGUUUGGUUCUUGUCAUCAACAUGGCGGUUGCUGAUCUGAUGUUGGGAGCUGUAUCUCUACCUCUUUACAUUUACUUGGUUGGUAUAUCCGAUUAUCAGCUUUGGACUGAAACUCUGGACCUGAAUGUUCCCUUUUUAAUCGCUGAUAUCCUUGCAACGAAAGCGUCAUUAAUAUCUGCAACCUUCAUUUCUUGUGAGAGGUUUUACGCUAUAUAUUGGCCGUUUAAACACCGAACAUUAACGACUCGAACAUACUAUAUUGUAAUUUUCAUAGUCUGGACUUUAGCUCUCCUUAAUACUUGCAUAUUUCAAAUGUCCAGCCUGCGAAAACUUUUUCCCUAUAUUUUGUUGUCACUCGGUUCGACCUCAGCGAUUAUCAUAUGCGGUUGUAACAUCGCUAUCUGGAGAAAGUUUCAACUUCAAGGAAUUGUCGCAGGCUCGCAACAUCAAAACAGGGACUUACAAAAUGAACGCCUGACAAAGAUUCUAUUGUUUGUUUCUGUCCUUGCAUUGCUAUGUUGGCUUCCUUAUAUUAUUGUUACCAGUUUAAUUUUACUAUUAGAUUUCAACUUUAUGAUAUCGUGGAGAUGUCUUGUUAUAAUCGACUUUGUUAAUUAUGCCAACGCAUUUGUAAAUCCAGCUGUGUAUACACUGAGAAUACCACAGUUUCGACAAGCUUUAUCUCGGUGCUGUUUGGUCAAGCGAGUUGUGGUGAACAGCGAAAAUUCUGCAACUGGCCAGGGGGAUGAAGCGUCCUCAAGGGCGCCGAUAUCACUUAUAACAUUACAAACUGAGUCUGGACGUGACCUGCAACCACUGAAGAAUGAGGAAAUUAUGGAAACCAAAGUGUGAUCAACCAAAAAUUAAAAACAGAGUUAAAAUGUGCAAGAGAAUAUAAGCUAUAUAUUCUCUUUAAAUAAGUCAUUUUAAAAUUGCCUCAGUGCUUUGUAAUCUAACCGUGUGCAUGAGUUCUUAAGAGAUCAGAGAAAGGCUUAUCUAGAGAAUCUGACCAUUAUUAACAAACCUCAUUUUAUUUUGUGCCUUUUUUUUUCGUAAGGUGAAUUUAAUUCACGGAAAAAAUAGCGGAGUAGCAUACUCAUUUUAAAGAGCCAGCUUUUUCGAUUGCUGAUCGAGCUCGUUGGUAUACUGGCGCUUCUAAGAACUUUGGCUACUAGCAGCUGCCUAUGCUGACUAAGGCCCGCAGUUAUUUCGGGUCAGCGUCAACUCUUACAGAGAUUAUCAUCUCUUAUCAUGUGAAUCAUAAAGAUUCGCGAAUGGAGAAGGAAUCAAAACUUAACUAUAGCACGCUCCUAUGACUUAUAAAAUAUAAAUCUCACAUGGCUUUUUCAAUCCUUGUUAUGUUUCUUGAUUAGGCUUUCAUACUUCGUAGUGAAAAUCAGUGAGAUAUUUUUAAUUGCCUAAGUAAUCAACGAACACAUCGGUUGACAACGUCUGUAAGACAUGUCUGAAUAAUAAAUAGCCAAAAUACAACAUGAGAAUCAACGUAUACCGUAAGUCAUCAACCUUGGAUGGCGCUUUUCUCUGCGACCUGAGCCAAAAGCCCGAAUUAUGAAACGCAUACAAGGCAAUGAAUUAGAAAAAUAAUUAACAAAUGAAGUGAAAUUUACCAAAUAAGUGCAAAAUAUAUGUGAAAUAUGCUAAGGAUAUCGAUAUAUAGUGAAAGAUGAACUAUCCCCUUAACCCACUGAAGUAAACAAACUAAAAUUCAAGUUCAGAAUCCUAUUUAAAAUUUCGGCCGAAAAGAGGGGUGCCUAUUGGAAGGAGAACGUCUAAUCCAGGGGGGUAUUGGUUCCGCUAAAGUUGAAGCUUAAAAAGUUAUAAACUGGAGAUAAUCUACUGGAGUCUCCUUCCCUGUGUUGAAUUGUUACUGUGCUUCAUGUAACCGAGAACGUGAAACAGUUUGAACAUAAAUUUUUGGUACAUCUGCUAUAUCUAUAUUUUAUACUUUUAGCUCUGAUCUUUUUCCUGGCUGUGAAAAUUGUUUUUUCAGCUCAUAACGAACACGGAAGUUGUAGACUCACCAGAAUUCACAAAAUUAUUUGACCGAGGAAGUGUAAGAAUAUUAAUGCGGCAGAAAGCAAACAACUUAGGUCAUCCAACAAUCUUCACGUAUGAAAACUUGUCAUCAAAAUUUGUUUAGCCUAAUAAUUCUUUCUAAAAUUCAAAGUUAAUGAUUUUAACUAGUCUUUCAGGCAUGUGCUAGCUAAAACAAAUCAUCAGAGGAAGACUUUUCUGACACCUUAAAGUCUACGCAGAUAAAUUUCUGAAGUCCUUCGGGCACGUAGCAAUAAACAAUGUUUAAUUGACAUAUUUGACAUCCGUUCUAAACUUUCAGAACAAUCCAAGGGAGUACUGGUUCCGCUGAAGCUGAAGCUCAAAAAUUUAUGAAAAACAGUUGCAAUUGACAUGUUUAACAUCCGUUCAAGAAUUUCAGAACAAUCCAGGGGAAUAUCGAUUCCGCUAAAGCUGAAGCUUAAAUGCUUUUUAAGGAAAUAAGAGGCUUACCGAAAUAUCCGCAGUUUGACUUCGACCGCGACCCAUCCUUAUCAACGCAGAGCUAUCCUCUACCUCUCUUUAAAACUAAAACGGUUACAUACAUUCUGACAAAAGUCAGCGAUGAAUGAAACAAAAGCAGUAAACUUCAGCGGAGACAACAGAUCUGGGUUAUCAGAUGAAAUUCCUUCCAAAGCUGAAAGCAUCGUUCGGUGCGGUGUUCUUGUAUUGGCAUCUGCCUUGAUUGUCAUUGGAAACAUACCCACUAUCGUUCUCUUUGUUGGUAACAAGAGACUUCGCAAGAAAAGUCUGUUUCUCGUCAUCAAUAUGGCGGUUGCAGAUCUGAUGUUGGGGGCUGUAUCUCUUCCUUUCUAUAUUUACCGAAUUGGCGAGGUCGGUUACCACCUAUGGACAGCAUCAAUGGACAUUUAUCUCGGAUCUUUCAGUGUUAUUGCUGAUAACGUUCCUACAGUAGCUUCACUAGUAUCUGCGACCUCCAUAUCCUGUGAAAGGUUUUACGCCUUAUAUCGGCCGUUUAAACACCGAUCCCUCACGAAGCGAACAUACCUCAUUAUAAUUCUAAUGCUGUGGACAAUUUCCGCCCUUGAUACCGCCCUCUAUUUUCUUUCAUUCCACCUUCGUUUUCGUGAACAUUAUAAUUAUUAUUGGUUGACUUUGGGUUCGAUAUCAAUUGCUAUCAUGUGUGGUUGUAACAUCGCCAUAUGGAGAAAAUUUCGACGCAGAACUGUCCCUGGAACACAACAUCAAAAUAGGGACUUACAAAAUAAGCGUCUGACGACGACUUUGCUGUUUGUUUCUAUUCUUGCCUUGCUUUCUUGGCUUCCAUAUAUUAUUUCAAACACCUUAGUAAUUCUAACUGAUCUCAACAUACCUCAGAGAUAUUUGGUGGCUAUUAAUUUUGUCAACUAUUCGAGCGCAUUUAUAAAUCCAAUUAUAUACGCAUUUAGAAUACCAGAGUUUCGCCAGGCGUUGGCUCGAUCAUUUGUAAGGCGGCGAGCUACUGCGAAAGUUGAAAACAUUGAA